CCGUGUUUCUUUUACACGAUAUCUUGAACAAUCCAGAGGUAAAGGUUCGCGUUUACGAAGAGCUGGACCGAGUUUUUCUUUCUCCGGAAGACGCAAAAACUCCUCCGCUUCUUUUGAAGUUCAAAUACCUUAAAGUGUUCAUCACUGAAAGUCUUAGGAUGACACCUGUGGCUCCUAAUGUGGCGCGCAUAUUAGAAAACCGUUUAUCUUUCAAGGUUAUUACGUUGCUGUUGGAGUUAGCUUGGAAGUUACUUUAAAUUCUUCCGACCUCCCAUUACGCAAUUGGACUGCAAGGAUUACAUUAUCUGGUGCAUGCAGGAUUGCUGGCACGAAUCGCCGGAAAUGCGGCCUGAUUUCAAAUCUAUCCGUGGACGGCUAAAGGAAAUGGAAGCUGGAUUAAAACCCAACAUCUUUGACAACAUCAUGAUUAUGAUGGAGAAGUACACCUACAAUCUGGAAGGACUCGUCCAAGAGAGAACAGAUCAGCUUGUGGAGGAAAAGAAGAAAACGGAAGCCCUUCUGCAUCGAGUUUUGCCAAAGUCGGUAGUAGAAUCGCUAAAACGAGGCGAGCCUGUGAAAGCGGAGAGUUUCGACUCUGUCACGAUUUAUUUCAGCGACAUUGUCGGUUUAGCCGUUAGCACUCCGUUGCAGGUGGUCGGUCUACUCAACGAGCUUUGCACUUUGUUCGAUUCCAUCCUGGAAAAUUAUGAUGCAUACAAAGUGGAAACAAUCAGUGACGAUUACAUGGUGACCAGCGGUUUGCCCAUUCGUAACGAUGACCAUCACGCCGCUGAAAGCGCUUCACUGGCGCUUCACCUCUCGGAGAUUAGCAACUUCCACAUUCGACAUCAACCUGGAAAAACGCUGAAACUACGCAUUGGCAUCCAUUCUGCUCCUUGCGUUGCUGGAGUGGUUUGA